UUUCGUACGUAAGGGAUUUGAUUUGAACGCUGAACAAAAACAGAUGGGGCGGCUUUAGGACAAAUCAACAACAAUCACGCGAAAACGAAAUGCUGUUUUGUCCCGUAGAAAGGGCGAAGAGGAUUGUAGUGUUGUGUAGAUGGAUGGGAAGAGUCAGGUUAUGAGGUCAUCUAUCUGUGUGCAAUAGGAUCAUGUCAUUGUACAGUUGUAGUGGUACACCCCAGCUGCUGGGGAUGACCUUGUGCAAUCGUCGCCUCCUACUGUACAUAUCACUGCUCCUCCUCACCUGGUUACCAUGGACACAGGGUCGAGACGUCAAACCUGUCAAGGAAAAAUACCUGCCAGACUACACUGUGUACCAUAACCUGACUCAAGUUGGAGCUCAUAUACAAGAACUUGCACAGAAGUUUCCUGCAUACCUUAGGUUAGACACAAAUUACCGGUCCAGAAAAGGACGACCACAGUAUGUGUUACGAGUCUCCAACUUUUCAGGGAGCUACAGUAUCCAGCAUAGCACAGAGGUAGGACUCACACCAGUGAAGGCUCGCAUCCUGCUGGCAUAUGGGGAACACGCACGUGAAUUCUUCCCUGUGGAGAGCAUGUUUCACUUACUACUAAAUCUAACUGGGGGUCUCACUGCGCCAGAGGGAAGCCACAGUAGGGCGUACACUAGCGAGAUUCUGUCUAAGAUUGAUCUGUUCAUAGUCGGUAUAGUCAACCCAGAUGGGAGACAGUACGUGGAACAAACUAAGAACUACUGUUGGCGGGGGACGAGUACAGGAGUGGAUCUGAACAGGAACUUUGACUGGCAGUUUGGCGGUCCUGGCAGCUCAGGGGACCCUGAGGAUGAAGAAUACAGAGGGGCAGCUGCAUUCUCUGAGCCAGAGUGCUUUGUGCUGACAGACCUGGUAACAAAGUUCCAGUUUGAUGCUUUCCUAUCUCUACACUCAGGCACAAGGGACAUCUACCUCCCAUUCUCUGAUUCUCAGUCCAAGCAGGAGCAGAGGAAACCUAAGAACCUGGCAGAUCAGAUGCGCCUGGCUAAGCUGUUAUCUGACUCUAUGGUACCAGAGUUUCAACACGGGAUUGGCUACGAGCUGAACCAGUACACGGCAGAUGGGACAUCGUUUGACUACAUGGCAGGGGUGAAGGAGCUGCCCUUUUCGCUGGCAGUAGAGAUGUGGGGAGACCGGGACAGUCCCAGUAAGAGGUGCUUCGACCUCUUCAACCCUCCCAACAAGGACCUGCAGAAUGCCCUGGAUGAGGUCCAGCCACUGUACGAGACUCUGUUCUCCUACCUGAGUUACUGGAAGGAGCGCCAGGCUCACAGCCCAUUCGGAGUUAUCGAGGAGCCGUCCAUGUCUUUUAUGUACUUCUGCCUGGCCAUGACGGUGUUGUUUGUCGUGUUUGUGUGCAUGCACCGCCACCUGCCGUCAUCACUGCGGGCAUUCCCUAAGCGCCGAGUCAUCAGUAUCAACCGGCUGUGGAUGAUGUGGAGGGACUGACCAGGGGGGAUAAAACAAGAAAUCCAUUACUGAUCAUAAUCAUGAGCAUGAUGAGUUCAGGGAGAAAUUUUCAUUGGCAAGGAAUUAGACAAAUCAGAAGUCAAAUUUUAAGACUAGAAGGACAAGUCCUGAGCAACUCAUGACCAAUGGCAAGUACGGAGAAGAGAAAAAUGUGAACAACCAAAGGGAGUUUUUGUACUCUGCUUACUGUUGACAUCCAUGUCUAACUUCUCAAUUGUUAUUGACCAACCUUCCUUGUUUGUCAAACAUCAGUACACCAAAAAAAUUAUUAUGUGUUAUGUAUUACAUCAAUGAAUCAUGAAAGCCUGAGUUUGUGUCUUGCUGAAUGAGGUAAUAAACUUGUAGUAUACA